UAGCUUUUGAAGUCUAUUUUUAUAAUUGAGUGGUCUCAGUUCGAGAGGAGAAGUCAAUCAUCCAAAAAUCGAUCUGGAACGAGCAGAGGUCUGUGAACUCGAGCUGUGAGAGUGCUGAGACUGUUUGGCCGAUAUCUCGAGUUUUACCAAUCCAAUUAAGGCGUGUGAGAUACCAAAAGAAAGCUCUCAAGACGAGGAAUCCGUGAAGGUCUGGUUUGCAUCAAUCGGAGUAGAGGAAGGCUUCCAAAUCGUCCGAGCAGAACGAGACCUCGCAGGGACGGAUUUACUCUUCUAAGUGAGUUGUUAAUCCCAAAACCUUUCCAUUCAUUUUCCAAAUGAUAUGAACGAUUGGUGGGACUAUUAUACACUACUCCAAGUGUAUAAAACAUCCCUAUCAAGUUAUUUUAUUGAUGUAAAGGUUAGAUACUAACCUAGAUGCAAACAUUGGAAAACUAGGAAUCGAGUUAGCCGGAAAACACCCGUUCUAGGGGCUGUUUUAGUAUCAACGAUUCGGGGUUGAAAUAGCAACUUGAGGAGGCUGUUUAGCACCCAUUUUCAAGCAAGGAACUAGUUCCCAAUCUUCCUUGGCCGAGGCUUUAGCCAUUGGAUCGAGAAGGAAGGUUUUAAAGCUCAUUUGAGGUUGAGGCUAGAGCUUGCUUCCUGUGCUCGUUGCUCGAGGGAUCAUCUAGGAGGGAAGACUUGAAAUGGACGGUGGUGGCAGGAUUACUAGGAGAAACCCGACGGGCCGUGUACCAGUGGAGACUGGACAGGGCAGUCGAAGGACCUCUAGGGCGUCUAGGGGAGCUGGCCGUGGAGGCCGAUCACAGACCGUGAGUGACGGUCAUGUUGACACAGAAAGUGAAACCUACUGGUCCUAUGAGGACUCAACUUACCAACCGGAGACCGAGCCGGUUGAGACCCCUUACGAAGGGGAUGACGAUGAUAUAAGUGAUGAAGGAGGGGAGAAUGACUCCCUAGCCAGAAUCGAGGCGCUGCUCCAACAAUAUCAGCGGGAGCGCGAAGAAAGGAGGGAACGCCGAAGGCGCCGGGGAGGGCGAACUUUGGGUGGGGCUUCAAGAGGAAGAAGCCAAGGC